AUGGAGCGGAGACGCAUCACCUCGGCGGCCCGCCGCUCCUAUGUCUCCUCCUCAGAGACCAUGGUGGGGAGCCUGGGUCCCGGCCGCCGCCUGGGGCCUGGCACCCGCCUCUCUCUGGCCCGAAUGCCCCCUCCACUCCCGGCCCGGGUGGACUUCUCCCUGGCCGGGGCACUCAAUGCCGGCUUCAAGGAGACACGGGCCAGCGAGCGGGCUGAGAUGAUGGAGCUCAAUGACCGCUUUGCCAGCUACAUUGAGAAAGUGCGCUUCCUGGAGCAGCAGAACAAGGCACUGGCUGCCGAGCUGAACCAGCUACGGGCCAAGGAGCCCACCAAGCUGGCCGAUGUCUACCAGGCAGAACUGCGUGAGCUGCGGCUGCGGCUCGACCAGCUCACUGCCAACAGUGCCCGGCUCGAGGCGGAGAGGGACAACCUGGCGCAGGACCUGGGCACCCUGAGGCAGAAACUCCAGGACGAAACCAACCUGAGGCUGGAGGCGGAGAAUAAUCUGGCUGCCUAUCGACAGGAGGCAGAUGAAGCCACCCUGGCCCGCUUAGAUCUGGAGAGGAAGAUUGAGUCACUGGAGGAGGAGAUUCGGUUCCUGAGGAAGAUCCAUGAGGAGGAGGUACGGGAGCUCCAGGAGCAGCUGGCCCAGCAGCAGGUCCACGUGGAGGUGGACACGGCCAAGCCAGACCUCACAGCGGCCUUGAGAGAGAUCCGCACGCAGUACGAGGCAGUGGCAUCCAGCAACAUGCAUGAGGCAGAGGAGUGGUACCGGUCCAAGUUCGCUGAUCUGACCGAUGCUGCCGCCCGGAACGCGGAGCUGCUCCGCCAGGCCAAGCACGAGGCCAACGACUACCGGCGCCAGCUGCAGGCCUUGACCUGCGACCUGGAGUCCCUGCGUGGCACGAAUGAGUCCCUGGAAAGGCAAAUGCGGGAGCAGGAAGAGCGCCACGUGCGGGAGGCGGUGAGUUACCAGGAGGCGCUGGCCCGGCUGGAGGAGGAGGGGCAGAGCCUCAAGGACGAGAUGGCCCGCCACCUGCAGGAGUACCAGGAGCUGCUCAACGUUAAGCUGGCCCUGGACAUCGAGAUCGCCACCUACAGGAAGCUGCUGGAGGGCGAGGAGAACCGCAUCACCAUUCCUGUGCAGACCUUCUCCAACCUGCAGAUCCGAGGGGACAAAAGCACCAGAGAAGGGGAAGGUCACAAGGUCACAAGACAUCUCAAAAACCUCACAAUACAAGUUAUACCAAUACAGGCGCAUUCGAUUGUAAACGGAGCCCUGCCGGCUCUAGAAACGAGCCUGGACACCAAGUCCGUGUCUGAAGGUCACCUCAAGAGGAACAUCGUGGUGAAGACUGUGGAGAUGCGGGACGGAGAGGUCAUCAAGGAGUCCAAGCAGGAGCACAAGGACGUGAUGUGA